AUGCACUUCAACGAAAACAGAUGGGAAGUUGAGCUCCAUAUUCACUUGGAUGGCAGUUUUCGACCAUCCACUGUGUAUAGAUAUGCAAAGAAGAAGGGUAUCCAUGUACCUGGAUCAAAUGCAGAGGAAUUUGGGGCCAAACUAAUAGUUCAACGACCAAACUCUCUCAACUCAUUUUUAAAAACAUUCGACUACAUCGUUCCGCCAAUUGCUGGUGACAAGGAGGCCAUCAAUCAAGUUACACUGGAUUUCGUUGAAGACUGCGUUAAAAGAGGUGGCCACUGCUAUGUUGAACCCCGAUUCGCACCUCAUCUCCUUUCUGGAGGCAAGCUGAGUGCUGAGGAAGUCACUAAGACGGUUCUUGAUGCGCUGGAACGCGGUGGUGCAAAUCACGAACUCCAGUGGCGCCUCAUUCUCUGCAUGAUGCGAGGCAACCCUGAGUGGUCUGAUGAGAUUGUUGAUAUUGCUAAGAAAUUCCAGCCCUGUGGUGUUGUCGCCGUCGAUGUUGCCGGUGAUGACGGUCCAUGCGAUGGGACGAACACAGACCCUCGAAUAAAGAAGGCUUUUAAGAAGGCCAAGGAGGAGGGUCUGCACUGCAUAGCUCAUGCGGGCGAGAAUGGACCAGCAGCCUCAGUUACUGAGGCCGUCCACGAGAUGUUCGCAGAGCGAAUCGGCCACGGCUAUCACAUAUUAGACGAUUCAGCAGUUUACAGAGACAUGCGCGAAAGAAAUAUUCACUUCGAGGUGUGUCCGCUAUCCAGCAAACUGACUGGCUCAACUCCUAGUGACUGGGCCUCGCACCCAAUCACCCGCUUUGAAGCUGACAAGGUCAACUACUCCAUUUCCACUGAUGAUCCCACAGUGACAGGUCAGUGGUUGCAGGCGGAGAAACGUAUGCUGGCCAUGAACACGGUGCUGGAAGGAGAACAAUUCCACUUGGCAAAUCUACGGGCUGCCGAGGCCUGCUUCCUAGAACCUGAAGACAAGGCCGCUUUGGUUCAACACCUCAAAGAUCAUGCUCCUUUCUUCUAA